AUGUCCGACCAUCCUCUCGACCAAUUGAAUUCCCACACCCCUAGCAGCGACAGCGCUAGCAGCAUCGUUCGCAUCAGGAGGCGUGACAAGUUCCGCGAGUUCUGGAGCCUAUCCAAAUCCAAGACCAAAGAGGUCAAGCUCAAGAUCUCGAACCAGUCGCCGCACUCUCGACUCUCAUCUCAACAAUUGACGCGACCUUUGUCUGUACUCUCCCAAGCCAGCAACUUGCCUUCAGGAGACAAUCAGUCCACCCCUUCCAGGACUGCACAAGAGAAGGCACUAUCAGCGCCUCUUAACGAGGCACGUGUUCUCGAGAUGAUCUUUGCCGAAAAUGUCCCCAAGCCCACCAUGAAGACUGAGCUGCCUCAACUUCAGCAACGCAUCGAGAUGACGCAGCAAUUGGUCUACUGCAAUGCCUUGCUCCUACGGGAUACAUUGUCCCCACUGAAGGCUGCUACAGGAGAAGCUGCAAAGUGCGGUGGUUCCCUCGUUCUUCGGGAACCCGUUCUCGACAAGACCGAGCUCGACUGGAUCGAGGCGACGAAGAAGGACCGGAUGGAAGCAGACCGUUUGCGCUGGCUGGCCACUCGAAUGGUGGAAGAGUUUGUCGCUGAUGCCGGUAAGGACUCUACCAAGAUCGCCGAUAUUAUCGCUCUUGGACCUGUCUUAGAGAAGGAGCCUUACCACAAGCUACUCGUGACCUUUAUCAAGGAGUUUGACGAUUCUUGUACCCUUGACGUUGUUAUACUUCAGGGACUUGUCCAAUUGGUGCAGGAUGCUUCGCCUGGCUAUCUCGUUUCUGACGACCUGAUCAAGAUCCUUGGCAUCCUCAGAGUUCACCUGCAAGGCACUCACCAACAGUCGGCCGAGCACUCGUACCACCUCACUCUGGCUGUCUCCAGGAUCCUCGAUGUCAUGGCGGACCACAAAGUGCAAGAUCUAUAUCGCGUUCUUGAGCACGAGCCGUUGUCGGAUGUUUUGUCGGGACUGAAGGGUAGCUCGGAUCCCUAUCUACUUUACCAGGCCUGUUAUGCCUUUCAGGCUCUUCAGUAUGUGCCUGAUGACGAGAGCGCUCUUCGGGCUGUAUUGAGGCACUCGACCGGUGUGGUUCACGGUUUGGUCAAUGUCACUGCCGUCUUCAAGCUGGAUCUGGCGUCAGUUCUUGAGGGUCUGGGUAACCUGCAGGAAGCUCUUGGAGGCAUGAUAUCAGUGGCUGGUAUUGUAUACGAAGGCGUGUCUUCGCUGAUGGAGAGCGGCCGAGGGGUUCUGGGCAGUUUGAAGGAGGGACUUGGAUCUGGCCAGAGGCGACUUUGGUAUCCUGCUGUCAAGGCUGCCUCUGCUUUUGCCCAAGCUGGUCAGCUGGAGGAUCUGAAGAAGCUUAUCUUUGAGGCCCCAUGCCGUCGCGAUCCCUUGUUCCAAUGGGGCGUCUGCCAGUUGUUGGGCGAGAUUGCGGUGGAUCCAGCCUGGUCUAUUUCUGCACGUCAGCAGACUGUCGGUCUCUUCGGUCAUCUCUGCCAGCACGAUAAAGACUGGGGCCAGGAUGAGAGCGUCAAGGCAUGGAUGCUGACUAUCAUCACCAAGCUUGGAACCUCUGACCGAUCCGUCAACGCGACUGCCAGUGCUUUGCUGCAGGAUCUGACGGUGGACCAAAGUGCCUUGAUCAAGCACCCUUAUCCAUUGAAUACCCGUCUUCCCUUGCCUUCCGCAUCGCCACUCCUUGCCAAGGUCCAAAACAUCCAGUAUCUAGAGUACGAGCUGCACAAGUUCCGACUUCAGCGACUGGCGGAGGAACAUUUGUCAGUUUUCAUCCCUCCUAUGGCCAAGGCAAACCCGCAGGCCCGCGACGACGACAUUUUUCCCCUCAUGGAGAAGGUCCAGGAGUUCCUGGCCAGCGACCGUCACGUCAUGCUGAUUCUGGGUGAUUCUGGAUCAGGAAAGUCGACAUUCAACACACAUCUCGAGGCGAAACUCUGGAAAUCUUACGCCUGUGGUAGUUCGAUUCCCCUGUUUAUCAACUUGCCUGCAAUCGACGAACCCAACUGCGACAUGAUCGAGAAGCAACUGAGGUCUGACAACUUCAACGACGAACAGAUCCGUGAGCUCAAAUUGCACCGCCAGUUCAUCCUCAUCUGCGACGGUUAUGACGAAAGUCAGCAACUGGUCAACCUUCACAAGUCCAACAUGUUGAACCAGCCAGGCCGGUGGGAUACCAAGAUGGUCAUCAGCUGUAGAACACAGUAUCUCGGUCAGGAUUACCGAAGCCGAUUCAUGCCUCAGAGCCGCGACCACUACGCCUAUCCAGCUGUCGAGCUCUUCCAAGAGGCUGUCAUUACUCCGUUCUCCAGGGAGCAGAUCCAGAGCUACAUCGAACAGUACGUCCCUCUCGAGCCGCGCACCUGGACUACCAAGGACUACAUGGACAGGUUGACCACCAUCCCGAACCUCAUGGAUUUGGUCAGGAACCCCUUCGUCCUAACCCUUGCCUUGGAGGCGCUGCCACUCGUCACCGAGGGCAAGCAGGAUCUAUCGGCCAUCGAUAUUUCUCGAGUCCAGCUUUACGACACGUUCGUGAAACAUUGGCUGGACGUUAAUAAGCGACGUCUCGAGAGCAACGCAUUGUCCGCCAAAGACCGCGAGAUUCUGGACCAGCUUUUGGAGGCAGGAUUCACAUCGAUGGGUGUUGACUAUUCUAUUGGGCUGGCAUCGGCGAUCUUUGAGAAGCAGAACGGAAACCCGGUCGUUCGAUAUACCCACCUCAAGGACAACAACACAUGGCGCGUCGAUUUCUUCGGUCCCGAUCCAGAGGUGCGACUCUUACGCGAGUCAUCCCCAUUGACACGCUCUGGCAGCCUGUUCCGCUUCCUUCAUCGAUCCAUGCAGGAAUACUUCUACUCGCGCUCCGUCUUUGACCCCAGCAGCCAUGACGACCACGACCAAUUUGGUCCGCAGUCCGAUAUUGGUUCCACUGACCCUGCGUUGCUCGACACCGAAGGUCCUUUGUUCAAGCGUAACCUUCUCACCGAGCCAUCGGUCAUUCAGUUCCUGUGCGAGCGAGUCAAACAGCACCCCGAUUUCGAGAAGCAGCUCCUAGCCGUCAUCGAGCAGUCCAAGACCGAUGCCACUGUUGCCACCGCUGCCGCCAACGCCAUUUCUAUCCUUGUCCGAGCCGGAGUCCGAUUCAAUAGCGCUGACCUCCGUGGUAGUCGGAUCAAAGGAGCAGAUCUUUCCGACGGCCAGUUCGAUCACGCGGAGUUUCAAGGAGCCGAUCUGAGAGGAGUCAACUUUGCACGAAGUUGGCUGAGGCGGGCGGAUUUCGGCAAUGCACAGAUGGACGGUGUUCGGUUCGAGGAGCUGCCACAUUUGGACAUGCAAACCUUAGUCAAACGCGUCGCCUUUUCGCCCAAUGGGAAGAUGUUUGCUGUCUGUCUAGGUAACGGAGGUGUCAUUACUUACGACACUACAACAUGGACUCGAGUUCAUCAAUACGAACAACAGAGUAAGGUGACGAGUUUCGCCUUUUCGCCUAACAACCAACAUCUUGCAUUUGGGAACAAAGACACGACCUGUCGAUUAUGGGAUUCUGUCAGUGGCGAGACUUUGUUGGUCAUGGAAGGGCACACUAAGUGGUUGCGGUCAGUGGCAUUUUCACCCUGCGGCAAGCAGAUCGCGUCGGGCAGCGACGACAGCACGAUUCGGUUGUGGAGCUCGGAGACAGGAGAGUGCUUGUUUGUAUUGAACGGUCACGAAAAGGCUGUUUUGAGUGCUGAGUACUCAGCCGAUGGACGGAGACUUGUUUCGACCAGCCACGAUGGCACGAUUCGGGUGUGGGAUCCGGAGACAGGAGCACCAGAGGCUGAUUGGGUCAUUCCUCAUGUUCAUGGUACGCGCGUGGCACCUUCUUCAGAUGGAAAGCAGUUCGCCCUGAGAAUUAGUGAGAGGAGAAAUGAGAUUUGCCUGAUGGAUGCAAUCACCGGAGAGACGGGUCUGAUUCUCAGUGAUGAUGGCACCAGGGUACAAGUUAUUGUAUUCUCUCCAAUUGGCGAUUUGAUUGUUUCGUCGAGCGAGGACGAGACCGUUCGACUGUGGGACUCAUCGAGUGGACAACUCAUCUCCAGGUUCACGGGUCAUGGCAAACGGAUCACCACCUGUGCCAUUUCCCCAGACGGCCUACAAAUUGCCUCAGGAGAUCUGGGCGGGAUUAUACGACUCUGGGAGGUGAACAUCAACCGGUCGAGUCCUGUCACACAAAAACGCGCCGAGGGAACUGCAGCAUACUCUCAUGAUGGUCUGUUUGUAAUCUCUUAUCAUGACGACUACACCGUCCUACGCUGGGACUCUUCCACAGGAGCUUCCAGAUCCAUUCCGUGCUCGUCCACAUUCGAUGUCAUCUCGGUCGCGAUUUCACCAAAUGGCCGUUGGUUUGCGAACGGUUGCAGGAACGGGAAUAUUCGGUUGUUGAAUGUCCGAACCGAUGUAGAUGAGCGCCUUCUCCUCGGACCUUCCAGCGACCCAAUUAUUGGCUUGAGUUUCUCACGCUGUGGUCGGUGGUUGGCCUCAUGCGACAGAGGGGUGCUGUUGUGGGAUCUUGAUAGUACCAAUGAUCAAGUCAAAGUGGUGGCAGAGGCGAGCGAUGAGCACGCGAGAGCUUACGUGGCCUUCUCCCCCGCCGGAGACCAGAUUGCAGUCGCAUUUCUAUCCCGUUCAGCUCGAAUUCGUCUUUUUGAUCCCCGAGCUACAGACUUUCGACAACCUCUGAAGGAACUGUGUCUAUCAGACACGCUAUUCGCAUUGAACUACUCACCAGAUGGCCAGCGACUCGUAAUCGGCACUGGUAUAUCCGAGGCCCUGCUCCUCUGGGACCUUCAGUCAGACAAGCCUAAUGUCAAACUGGAAGGCCACACAGAUACGGUGAAUAGCGUCGCCUAUUCUCCUUGUAGCAAGUGGAUCCUUUCCGGCAGUGACGACAAGACUGUGCGUCUCUGGUCAGGCGAGGUUGACAGUUGGUCCUGUGUUGCUGUUGUCAGUGGAUGUUUAGAGGCCGUUGUAAGCGUUGCAUGGAAUCCGGUGGUCCCCUUGGAGUUUGUCACUGGUUCCAAAGAUGGGUCUGUUCGAGUCUGGCAGAUUUCGGGUGCCAAGGCAGGAGAUGUGUCGGUUCGUAUGCAGUGGGGAUCUCACAUUGGACGAUUGUGCAUCACGGAUCUGACUUUCAAGGGAGCCGUUGGUCUCAGUCCGAUCUACAGCAAGUUGUUGGUCCAGCGCGGUGCCAUUGGCGCUUCAGUAUUGCCGGAGGGAGAUGAGCCAGAGGAAGGGAAGAGCGAGUAG